AAUGACGUUUCCAUGUUCUUUUCGUUCGCGUGGCUCGCUCAUUUUAAUGGCGGAGCUUGAUUUUACAGUGUCGGUAGAUUAAAAUUUAGCAUUACUCAAUCAAUCGGUGGAUUAUUGUUGUUAUUGAAUUAUAGUUUUUCAUAUUAUUACAAAUUUAGGUAUUAUUUAGUGCAUUUAAACGCGUUAUAUCAAAAAUUAACAUGGGUGAAGAAAAGAAGGUUAUGUUUCAUGAAAUGGAGCUGGACGACAGGAUAAUUAAGGCUAUAGCGCAGUUAGCGUGGUCCGAACCGACCUUGAUUCAAAAAACUGCGAUACCCCUGUUGUUGGAAGGAAAAGACGUCCUAAUGCGUGCUCGAACGGGCUCUGGAAAGACGGCCGCUUUCACCAUUCCUGUUAUACAGAAGAUCUUGCAUCUUAAUAAUACCAGUAAACACCAGUGCAUCCGGGCUUUAAUAUUGUCACCAAGCAAGGAGCUUUGUGGGCAGAUUGCAUCAGUGAUAGCAGACUUGACCCUCAAAUGUGCGCGAGAAGUGCGAUGUAUAGACAUCUCAGCCAACGGAGACAUGCAGACACAGAAGGCGCUGCUCUCCGACAAGCCCGACAUUGUUGUGGCAACCCCAUCAAAAGCCUUGGCACACCUAAAGGCCGGCAACAUGCGCUUGAAGGAGGACCUGGCGAUGCUGGUGGUGGACGAGGCAGAUUUGGUCUUCUCCUUUGGUUAUGAAGACGAGAUCAAGGAGUUGUUGGGACACCUGCCAAAGAUCUACCAAGCGGUCCUGGCGUCGGCCACGCUGUCCGACGACGUGCUGAGCCUCAAGAAGAUCGUGCUGCGCAACCCCGUGACCCUCAAGCUGGAGGAGCCCGAGCUGGCCGCCGGCGCCAGGCUGCAGCACUACCACGUGCACGCCGAGGAGGACGACAAGGCGGCCAUCUUGUACGCGCUGCUCAAGCUUAACCUGAUCAGGGGGAAGAGUAUCAUCUUUGUGAGGACUGUGGAUAGGUGUUAUAAGCUCAAACUAUACCUAGAGCAGUUCAAGAUCGGGUCGUGCGUGCUGAACUCGGAGCUGCCGGCCGCCGUGCGCUGUCUCUCCGUCGACCAGUUCAACCGCGGCCGGUACCAGAUCAUCGUGGCCUCCGACGAGAAGGCCUUGGAGAAGCCCGAUGGAGGCAUUCUGCCACUUGAAGAGAGGAAAACCAAGAAAAAGCAAGCAUCAAAGCGUCGGCGUGACAAAGAGUCGGGCGUGUCCCGCGGCAUCGAUUUCCAGCACGUGGCGAAUGUCAUCAACUUCGACUUCCCGCUCGACGUCGACUCCUACGUGCACCGAGCCGGCCGCACGGCACGAGGAAACGAAUCGGGGUCAGUGCUGUCGUUCGUGUCGAUCCGCGAGAAGCCGCUGAUGGAGGCCGUGGAGGAACACCUCUCCGCUGGCGUCAAAGGGAACAAAGUUCUACAGAAAUACGAGUUCGCGUUGGAGGAGGUGGAAGGGUUCCGGUACCGCUCGCGCGACGCGUGGCGCGCCGUGACGCGCAUCGCGGUGCGCGAGGCGCGCCUCAAGGAGAUCAAGCAGGAGCUCAUCAACUGCAAGAAGCUGCAGGGCUACUUCGCGGACAACCCGCUGGAGCUGGCGGCGCUGAAGCGCGACCGCGCGCUGCACACGGUGCGCGCGCAGCCGCACCUGGCGCACGUGCCGGAGUACCUGCUGCCCGCCGCGCUGCGCCCAGAGCCCGGCCCGGAGCCCGACCGGGACGACAAGGAGGCCGUCGCACCGCCCGCCAAGAAGAAGAGGGGCAACUUUGGGAGCGCCAAGAGGCUGAAGCACCAGGCGCGCCAGAGCAACCCCCUCCGCAGUUUCGCCGUCAGCAAUAUAAAGAAGACACCCGCCACCGGCGACACGUAACACCUCUACUACACUAUUCUAAUGUUUAAGACUACUUGUAUUUCUUAUAAACGUAACAUAAGUGUACCGCGAUACGGAACUCUGUUUUACUGUGUUCCUUAAGAUGUUAGCUUUGAUGAUGAUUAAAACGCGUUAAGUUUUA